AAUUUUCUAGGAAGGUUCCUAGAGGCUAGAUGGUAACCAAAUUAAUGAUUUAUAUAAGAAUCAUCUUUGCUAAUGGUAUAAUUCACUGCAAAGUAAAAAGCUAAUUAAGCUGAAUGCAGUUGCUCGAUUCAUUGAGAGAACAAGAGUUGAAAAUGGAGAUUGAAGAAGUUUGUGAAGCACAAGCACUUCCAUUGCUCUCAUUGAAUCAUGUGUCUCUCUUGUGUAGAUCAGUGUUGGAGUCUAUGCAAUUUUAUGAGGAUGUUUUAGGUUUUGUUCCCAUCAAACGACCAUCUUCUUUCAAAUUUACUGGAGCAUGGUUUUAUAAUUAUGGUAUUGGAAUACAUUUGAUUCAGAAUCCGGACAUUGAUGAAUUUGAUACUUACAUGAAUGAAUCAAGACCUAUUAAUCCCAAGGAUAACCAUAUCUCAUUCCAGUGUACGGACGUUGAACUUGUUAAGAAGAGAUUAGAAGAAAAGGGAAUGAGAUAUGUUACAGCAUUGGUAGAGGAUGAAGGAAUUAAGGUAGAUCAAGUGUUCUUCCAUGACCCUGAUGGCUACAUGAUUGAGCUAUGCAACUGUGAGAAUAUCCCAAUCAUUCCUAUUUCUUCAUGCACUGCUUCUUUCAAGCCUAGAAGCCAUAGCUUUAAGAGAUCUACUUCCAAUUUCAAGUGUGGAGGAUUCAUGCAGAAUGUUAUGAUGCAAAGCUUGAGCAUGGAUAUGAUGAACUUUGCGUUUUAAAAUGACAAAAUUGAAGAACAUUAAAUUUCACUUCUUCUUUUUUUUGUAAUAUAAGAUAUGAAAAGUAUGUUAAUUAAAAUAGAACAAAAAAAAAAAGAUAUGUUGGAGGAUAUUAGGAAUGUAGAAUUGUUUAGUCUUGGUUUAAUUGCGAGAGAAGAGUGGUGGGUCCAAGGAAAAGUUGUAUUGUAUUUGUAACAUAUGGUGUUUAAAAUAUAAUAAGAAGUUGAGGUACCA